UUUGUCCCGAUUCGCUGCUCUUUCUCGGCGCGAUUCCGGGGUUUAUUAUGUUUUUGGAUUGGAUUCUAUUGUUAAAAUUUUAAUUCUUUUAUCAAGUCUGUAGAAAUUAUGAGUGAUCACCUGGUGUUGUAUGUGGAUCGUCUGCUGAUGCCGGUGCCAUUACAGCCGGAGGAGUCGGAGGCUGCUCCCUCCACGGAGAUUCCGGGGCCAUCAUGCUCCGUCAAGGAAAAGGAGAUCGUCCCUGGGGGCGAGGAGGAGGAGCCGCUCAUUCAGGCGGCGGAGUGCCGCAUUUGCCAGGAGGAAGAUUCCGUUGAGAAUCUUGAGACUCCUUGUGCCUGCAGCGGCAGCCUUAAGUAUGCGCAUAUGAAAUGCGUGGAGCAUUGGUGCAACGAGAAAGGAGAUACCAUUUGCGAGAUAUGUCAUCAGCCUUAUCAACCUGGUUAUACUGCUCUGCCUCGUGCCGAAACUGAAGAAGCUGCUAUUGAUAUUGUUGGAGGCUGGACAAUCUCUGGCAACCCUCUGGAUUUGCAUGAUCCUCGGGUCUUGGCCAUUGUAGAGGCAGAAAGGCAACUUUUGGAAGCCGAGUAUGAUGAAUAUGCUGCCUCAAAUGCCAGUGGAGCUGCCUUUUGCCGUUCAGCUGCUCUAAUCUUAAUGGCCCUUCUGCUGCUGCGGCAUGCAUUGACCGUUCCAGAUGCAGAUGCAGAUGAUGAUGUGUCUACAUUUUUCUCUCUUUUCUUGCUUCGUGCUGCUGGAUUACUCUUGCCUUGCUACAUAAUGGCUUGGGCCAUCAGCAUAUUACAGCGACAAAGGCAAAGACAGGAAGCAGCAGCAUUGGCCGGAACACAGACUGCUUUCGUGCUACAAUCCGGGCAACAUAGGGGUAUGCUUUUUACCAUAGCAUCAGGACCCACAGUGACCACCCACCAGGAAAGUGCUUGACUUAAAAUUAAAUCGGUAGUUGAUGAACAAAUGAGGAUUGUUCGUUCCCCUUAAUGAUAGACUUGGAAAGCUUAUUUUGCUUAUUUUCUUUAUCCCCAAAUAGAUAGUUUGAGGAAGACGAGAGCUGCUCUGAUUUCUGUUUUAAUGAAUUGAUGAAGAUAUGGGGUAGCUAUAAGUCGUUUCCAUAGUUUGUAACCAUCAUUGUGUAUAUGUAUAUACGAGUUUUGCACUGCUUAAGCUCGGAUAUCUGGUACAUAUGGAUGCAAAAUUCUCUCGGGACUGCACCGGAGAAUUUUUCAUUCAACUCCGGAAGCUUAAGCAGAUUGCAGUAUUCUUUUUUAAGGAGCUGUAUCUGUGUAUAUAUAUAUUAUUAUCAGA